GAUAAUCCGAGUGUGUUCAGCGCAGGACUUGAUAUUCUAGAAAUGUACAAGCCUGACCCAACUAGAGUAAAAGACUUCUGGACCACGCUUCAGGAUACAUGGAUCAAGCUAUAUACUACCAGCUUUCCCACUGUGGCUGUUAUCAAUGGUCACAGCCCGGCUGGAGGUUGCCUAUUAGCUCUUAGCUGUGAAUACAGAAUCAUUGUCGGACCAAAAAAUACAAUUGGCCUCAAUGAAACGAAACUUGGAAUCAUUGCACCAAGAUGGUUUCAGGACAGCAUGCGUAACGUGAUAGGCGAGCGACAGGCUGAGCUGGCCUUGACCACUGGCAAGAUGUUCACAGCUGAUGAGGCUCUCAAGGUCAAUCUGGUCGAUGAAGUUGUCGCAUCCAAGGACGAGGCAACUGGUCGAGCGAUCGCCUUCCUCUCACAGUUCGCCAAAAUAACCUCCACUACCAAGAAAAAUGACAAAACUGGAGUUUCGCGAGGCAACCGUCAACUGGCUCCUCAACAACAAGGAGAAAGAUUUGCAGAUUUUCCUCAACUACAUCAACCAGCCCAAAGUCCAGGAGGGACUUGGAAUGUACUUAGAAUCUCUGAAGAAGAA